ACGUCAGAUCUGCUCUGUGGAGGAGAGAAGUAUUGAACAGAGGUAAACAGCUUAAGGUAAAAAAUUCUUAGGCACAGAUCUAGGAUCAACUCUGAUUUCUAACAGAAACUGACCUCAGAUCGGUGUCUAGAAGCAACUUCUUCCUACUUUGACAUCUCAUCUGUCUCAGCACCUUUCUUUGGAUUACUGGACAACUAUAACUAACUCUGGGUUUGCCGGUGUUAACCCUUAGACAACUAUAACUAACCCUGGUGUUAAACCUUGGACAGCAUGGCUGCUGUGGGAAAGAGAUGAUGAUUGACUAUGAGUGUCCCUCUCCAUUAGGCUGUGUGCCGGUCGGGAGGAGUGUGUGUGAGAGUGUGCUAGCACCAGCACACACACACACUCUAACGGCCAUGCCCCAGAGAUACUCCUACCAGAAGAGGAAAGCCAGCACGGCAGCAGCUCGGAGGAUGGAGAGGCGAGGCAGGGACUCUGGGAAGACCAACAACACCAACACUAGCCACAGCCACCGCUCCAAGAAGCUAGCCAUGCUCUCCAGGUCCCUGAUCCUCUGUCACUCCAGGGCCAGUGAUGACUGCCCCAGCCCCGAAGAGAGACCGCCAGGGGAGGGCUGGGAGGGAGACGGGGGCUUGGGGAGAGAUGGGAAGGGGGACAGGGAGGUGGAGAGGUCCCGGAAGAAGAUCCAGGAAGGACCCCAGGAGAGUGGAGGAACUAUGCAGGCAUCUACACAGCCACCCGUAGGGACCACCAACACACUCAGGGCUACAGGAGAACACAAGAGGAAUAUGAGGAGGUCCUUCGGUAUCAAGGAGAGCAGUAUCUGGAGGAUGUGUGUAACGACGGGGGCGGGUAAGGAGGGUCUGGGCCGGCAGACUGGCGAUAGCAGCCCCCAGACGGAGGACAAAGAACCCAGUGUGGAGCGAGGGAGGAAGGGAGGAGGGGAUGGACACAGUUACCUUCAGAGUACAGACAAGCUUGCACCUUUUAACGGACAGUGUCUGAACGGCCAUGCCAGGACAGAGGAGGAGAGGCAGGCCAAGAACGGCCAUGCUGCAAGGACAGAGGGGGAGGGAGGGAGGCAGGCCGCCUCCAGGAACAGCCACAUAACAGCCUACAGUGAGGAAAGCUCAACAUGUGAGCAGCAGCCCCAGUCCCCUGGAGGUCUAACCCUGCCCCCCCUGCACUCGGCCCCUCUGUGCCUGGCAGACCCCCUGGCAGUGACCAACUACACAGAGACAGAACACACUGGGAACAACAACCACCUCAAGCUGGCAAUCCCAGAGGUGAAUGAGGACAGAGGUUGGGACAUAGAGAGGAGAGGACAUGGUCUUCAGGGACAGACGGUCUGCAAGAGGACCCGCUCCAACUCUACCAGUGUCCAUCCAUACUGGAUUGGAGACCUGGACACCAUUAUCCUGAAGACGCCUGAGCUUUGCGGGAGCAACACCCACGGAACCGUCGGUUUCUUUGGCAGCAGGAAGUCCCAGUCCCAGCAGCUGGAGUUUCCUCACAACCCCAACCAGCCCAUUCCCCGUCCCUCUCGCUCUCUUAGCUCAGCCCAUCUGGUCCAUUCCUGCAGUAAUGUCCAAGCCUUCAUCAUCUGUAACAUCGUGCUGAUGAAGGGCCAUGGCAAGGGUCUGGGAUUCAGCAUUGUGGGGGGCAGGGACAGCAUGUACGGACCCAUGGGUAUCUACGUCAAGACCAUCUUCGCUGGAGGGGCUGCGGCUGCAGAUGGCAGACUACAGGAGGGGGAUGAGAUCCUGGAGUUGAAUGGCGAGUCUCUACAUGGACUAACUCAUCAGGAUGCACUACAGAGAUUCAAACAGAUAAAGAAGGGUCUGUUGACUCUGGUGGUGAGGACCAGCCUGCGUGUCGGCGCCCUCUGUGGCCAGGCAGCGGUAGCACAGCUGUGUCGGUCUCGCUCUCUCAGCUCCAGUACUGGCAUGGCCCGGGUCAGCACUGAUAUGGGGGACUACAACUACCUCAGCGGUGUCACCGCCGCCAACACACACACCAACACCGUACCUCAGCCGCCUUUGGCCAAACCCCGAGAUCGUGUCAUGAUGGAGAUCACCUUGCACAAAGAGGCUGAUGUGGGGCUGGGCAUUGGGCUGUGUUGCGUGCCGUCUGGAGAUGGUUGCCGUGGCGUCUAUAUCCACACCCUCUCCCCUGGGUCGGUGGCACACAUGGACAGUAGACUCAGAUGUGGAGAUGAGAUUAUGGAGAUCAACAACACAGUGGUGUACAACAUGGUCCUGAACGAUGUGUACACGGUUCUGAGUCAGUGUUCCCCCGGGCAGGUCCAGAUCAUCAUCAGUCGACACCCCGACCCCAAAGUGUCAGAGCAGCAGCUGAACGAUGCCAUAGCCCAGGCUGUAGAGACCAGCCAACUAAAGCAGGACGCCAGUCAGUGGAGUAUAGACGGCCUGCGUAGGUCUGACCCCUGCUCCCACUCCAGAGGUAAGUGUGAGCGCUGUGUGGCGAGGAGCUUCAGCCAACUGACUGCCCGGCGAGCCCAGAAGAACAUGACCCGCUCCUGUAGUGACAACAACACAUACAACCAGAACCAUCAGCACAACCGCUGCCCCGGACCAGGAACCAACCUGGUUAAUGGUCAAACCCUGACUAUACCCAACCACAACACGCACCAUAAUCUGAUGGAAAGGGUCCACAGCCUCGACAUCCCCAUGGGGUCCACGCCUGAGCCCUGGUGUGAUAACAGACUGUCUGCAUUGGUCUACCCUGUUCCUGAUGACGACUACAACGUCCCCUACAACUCCCCAGCAGCCAACCUCUCCAGCCAGCGCACAUUAGACCUGGCCACAAGGGGAAAUAAGAACAGGCCCAAAGCCCUGACACCUCCAAGGAGGUACUACCGACACCAGGACGUCACUAGUGAGGAGGGGGCCCCUGGGGGCCUGCCAGACUCCAAUGUUUCCAGUAGAGGCUCCCCUGUUAGAGAGGACGGAUGGAGUCCCACACAUACCAACUGUCAGGAAGUCGAGAGUGCGAGAGAAAGAGAGAGAGAAAGAGAGAGAGAACACUCAGGGGGAAGUGGAGAGACUCUCACCCACUCAGAGGCUCGCUCUGCUGCCAUCACUGACUGCCCUCGAUACUCAUCCUGCACAGAAGACAGACUACACACAGGUAUCGUAUGGGAAGCUCGAUACUCAUCCUGCACAGAAGACAGACUACAAACAGGUGCUGAAUCUGCCUUCCUCCUCUGCUCCCAGAGUAAGAGGCUAGGCCUGAGGAGGCAGGGCCGCGUGGAGCAGCUCCCCCCAGAAAAGCUUCACGACCCCUGGGUUAGGAUCUCCGACAGCGCCCCUGAUCUUGGAGGUCCUGAAGACCCCAAUCAGAACCAGAGUCUGACUCAUCCGAGCACACACCGUCACAACACACACUCCCACAGUAACCAACAACAAAUACACCAUCUCAGCUCACACCACGACGCCACACACACUCCAUCCCAAACCGAUAGACACCCCAACGACACACACUCCCCAGUCGCCAUGAGCCAACCGAGUGAGUUUCCCGAGCUUCCUGAACUGAACUGUACUUCCACCCACCACACCGCCCCAGACCCCACCACCCCCUCCACCCCUGCCUCCCUAAUCUCCACCCCCAGCCCAAGGACUGAGGACCCCCCAGGGAUGAGGAAGGGCCCCCCAGUUGCCCCCAAGCCUGUGUGGAACCGUCAGAGCCUCAGGAGUAUUAGGAAUGGGAGGCCCCAGGCUGAGCUGGCCAAACCCCUGGACAUCAGAGGCGGUGGAACCACCUUCGGGGUACGUCUACGGCCCACCUCCUCUGCAGCCCAGCUGUCAAUCAAGCAGAAGAUCCAUUCAUUUGAGACCUUCUCUAGUCCUGAGGGUAAGGGUCAGGAGACGGAGGGCUACAACAGGAGGCCCCUAGCCCCCUCCACUUCCCUCCCUUUGAAGGACAAGGCACCCGUCAGGAGUGACCCCCCUCUCUUAGAGGAGAAUGGCACAAUCCAACAUGACAUGGGCAAAGGAGCCAAAGUGACCUCUCCAAUCCUUGACAAGGACAGGAGGAUGUCCUCUUUUCCCCCUGCAGCCUCUCCUCACUCCAUCCUUCUGCCCUCUCCUGCCUCCCACCCUUCUCCUCCUACCUGCUUUUCUCUUCUUCCGACCCCCCACCCUACCUCGGAGCUCCAGACCCCAGUGGAAGAGACAACAGACCCCAAUGCAGAGAUCUCUGACUCGCCAUCCCCCGAGGACACCACCACCACCCCAUCCACCCUAGAGGCACCUCUCCCCGAGGCCGAACCAGAAACAGAGCCCCUGGAUGGGGCUGUAGAGGCCUCCAUCUCCCCUUCCGGCCCGGUGCCCAGGAGGUCCAGCAGCUCCAAAGGAGAGAGCUUUGGUCCACUACAACCACCAGAGGAGGGGGAGGGGGACCAGAGCCAUGCUCAGGGCAAGCAGGCCAGCCUGCGGACGCGUAGCCUGCCCCUGCCUGCCUCUCCCUCCCCGGAUGGGUCAACAACUCUAAGAGGACUGGAGGGAGAGAGUCUGGGGAAGAUACUUUCCUUCAGUAACCAGGUUUCCCAUGCCCUGAUGCGUUCCAUGCACUCCCUGCUCCCCUCCCCCUGCCCUACUAGGCCGGGUAACCCCGGGUCAGACCCACCCCCUGCAUCCCCUCUAGUUUGCAGCCCGGAGGAGCCCGACCCUGCCCAGAACACCCCCCUCUCCCCUGGCCCCGACAGCAAUGAGAAUAGCUUCUCUGUCAGCCUCUCUGAUCUGAGGCAGUGUACCAUUGAGCGGGGGGAGGAGGGAGGGGACCUGGUCUCACGCCCAUCUCCGUCAGCAUGUGCCCACUCUGUUAUCUCAGCCAUCCCUCCACAGGAAAUACAGACCAUGAUCCAGGAAGUGAAAGCUCUGGAUGAGGAAACACUGAAGCAAUUUGAGCACAUCCAAGUGGUGAUUCUGCACAAGGAGGAAGGAGCAGGUCUGGGUUUCAGCAUUGCAGGUGGGAUAGACCUGGAGAGCAAGGCCACCACAGUGCAUCGUGUUUUCCCCCACGGCCUGGCGGCUCAAGAAGGGACCGUGGAGAAGGGUGACGAGGUGCUGUCCAUCAACGGCCAGACACUAAGGGGUGCGACACACGCGGACGCCACCGCCACGCUGCGCCAGGCCCGCACCAUGAGACUGGCCGUGGUGGUGGUGAGCAAGGGGAGAGAGGGAGGAGGAGGAGGAGGGAACAAGACUGAUAAUUCCUCUGUCAGCAGUAGCAGUACAGACCUCAACCCCACAGUGGAGGAUGGGGGAGCCUUGCUGACUGUAGAGCUGGAGACAGGAGGAGGGGGCGUGGGCUUCAGUUUGGAUGGAGGGAAAGGCUCUAUCCAUGGAGACAGGCCACUGGUCAUCAACCGGAUAUUUAAAGGUGGUGCUGCGGAGCAGAGCGGGUUGCAGUCUGGCGAUGAGCUGCUGCAGGUCCAGAGCACCUCCCUCCAGGAGCUGAGCCGCUUCGAGGCCUGGAACAUCGUCAAGGCUCUGCCUGAGGGGCAUAUCACUCUAGUCAUCCGGAGGAGGAAGGAGGAUGAGGCAGAAGGGUCUGCCUGAGGGACAUCUCACUGUAGUUAACAGGAGGAGGAAGGAGGAGGAGACUGAGGAGUUACCCCUAGACACUGAUUUCAGGUCAGUUUACACUGUUUACACUUAAUUGAUCUCCAGAUACCAUAGGUCCCUGACUACCUACGAAGGUAGUCAGAAAGAUCUGAUCACAAUUACACUUCUUUAAAAAUGUGGGCACAAUCAGAAUGUUGACAAGAUCAGGACAAAUGACUCAUGUUAGCACCAGCUAUAAACGGGGCUAUUCAUUCUCAAGAUUUGGCCACAUAUUGAUUGUGACCACAUUUAUAGACAGGUGUCCGCAAUUAAAAUACCUAUUGUGAUUACAUUGUGAUCAGAUCUUCCUGAUCACCACCGGAGGUAGUCAGGCACACAUGUUGUCUGGAUAUCUUCCAAGUGUAGACGGAUGUGGACAGGGAAACCAUUUAAAUCAUCAUUAUCCCUCUAAAAUCAUUGACAGGUGGCGCCAUUGUCUUAUGGCAUCAAUAUGUGUCUUUAGAUAAAGAAAAUACAUAUUAUUUUGAAAGAAUAUCUGUUGAAUAAUUUGCAUACAGGGAGGGACCAGUAAAUCUUGGUCACAAUGCGGACACAGCGGAUGGAUAAGAGACACAUUUUAAUACAAUGUGUAGAUGCGACGGCAAAAAUGUGGCCGCAAUCAGAAUGUGGACAACGGCCUCGAUUCAAUCCGUAUCGCUGAAGUUUAGCGUUAUAGCGUGAUUGAAAAUUUAAGGUAAUUUCCGAUUGAGCCGACAUAUGUGAUAUGCAGUCUCCGCGAACACAGGAACGUUGCCUUUAUAUUUCAAUCACAGUGAAAUGCAGGUCUUCAGCGCUACUGAUUGAAUAGAGCCCGAGAUCAGAGUUAGCACCAGGUAUAAACAGGGCCAACUAGAACACAAAUCAAAUCAAAUUUAUUUUUAUAUAGCCCUUCGUACAUCAGCUGAUAUUCUCAAAGUGCUGUACAGAAACCUAGCCUAAAACCCCAAACAGCAAGCAAAGCAUGUGAAAGAAGCACGGUGGCUAGGAAAAACUCCCUAGGAAAAACU